GUGCUCAAAAAAGUAGCCAGGAAGUGACAGACAUCAUCCAAGUGACCACUGUUUAACAUCGCCAGAGCACGUAGCUGCUGGGAAUUUAUGUACUUGCUUGCUAUACCCACACACAUGCUUGAGGGGCGCAGAAACGCGUGGCGAACACUAAAUAGGGCACCUGAAUUUCGAUUCAGAAUCAGAUCGAACGUCUGCGGCUGCCGCUGUUAGCCAGACUCACCUGUGCGUGCCUCCGGCAGGGUGUGUGCUGCUGUAGAUCGCAAUCGUCAUCCGUCUUCAGGUACGAGAGUAAACUGCUUGAUUAGAUCGCCCGAAUGUCCGUGUGUGCGUCUGCAGGAAACAUCUGAGAAUAAUGUCCAACUGAUCAGAAGUGAAAACAACAAUAAAUAAAAUACCAGCACAUAUCGACAGAAGUGUACAGAAUAUCAAUUGCGAAAAUUACGACAGCCCAGGUGCGGGAGCGUCAGACGGAAAAGUGCUGCACAUAUUUGUUUUGAUUAGUUUGCCUUUGUUUUAUUUUUGCGCACAAAGCGAGAAGAGAAGAGUCAUCAAUCCUUGUUGUACAAAAAGUGUGCCCAUCCUUCCAGUAAUCGCAAAUGCACUCAGCCGGUUACAGCAACGCAUGCUAAAUGUCAUCCUGCAGUGGACCGCUACGAACGGGAGAAGAGGCGACGAACGGCGUUUUCCGUUGAUGUUUCAAUAAACAGGUGCGGACGAUCGCGCAGUGAAAACAGCGUGCACGACAAAACUACGACCGACCGCCCGUCAGCCGUUAUUAAUUGAGAAAAAAACACGCACACAUAUCAGCAGCUGGUUCGCACCAGAAGAUGCGCCUCAAUUAAUUCAUAUCGCCGCCAGAAGACCACGGAUGAGGCAACCGGGAAAUCAGAGCAUUUUCGCACCAUGUGAAUUUUCUCUGCCCGCUGCAACGUUACCAUUGAACUGAAAACCGAUCGAAGCAAUCGGCGCUAGGCAGGCAACAGCAACAAAAAAUCACUUAAGUAAACAGUAAACACAUCAUUAUUUUAAAUUAAAAAACAAAAGAAAAACAAAACAAUGGGACUGAUAGGUAGGCGGAGAUCAAGCUUCCUGAAGAUAAUCGCACUGCUGGGCGUGGUUUGGUUCAUGGUUGUGUUCGUAAUUUAUUCCGACGAUGGCAGCAGUAGUAAUAGCAACAGCAGAUCGGCCGGUUCCGCUAUGCUGGGACCCAUCGGAGGAAGUGGGAACAGUGCAUUUGAAGCCCCAAGGAGGUUGCCGCUGCAGGGAAUUCGGGAAAAGCUGAACCAGUUUAUCAUCAACGCCCGCGAGGAUGCCAACAAGGACGAGCUGAAUCAGGAUCUGGAGAGUCCGGUCGCUGACUAUGUCGAUAACAACAUCGACCAAGAGGUUCCGAUUAGGAAGGUGGAGAAAGAAUCCAAAAAGCGGAUUCCUCCGAAAAGCAAGAAGAGGAACGAGAUUGCCCCUGAUCACGAAGGAGUUAUAGCUCCUCCCAAUGAGGACAGCCCGGAUGCUCCGGGGGCCAUGGGCAAACCGGUGGUUCUACCGAAGGAUAUGUCCCCGGAGAUGAAGAAAGCCGUCGACGAUGGGUGGGCUAAGAAUGCCUUCAAUCAGUAUGCGGCCGAUUUAAUCUCGAUCCGACGAAGUCUUCCCGAUCCACGGGACCAAUGGUGUAAGGAACCGGGUCGCUACCAGGAUGAUCUGCCUGCCACCUCGGUGAUCAUUUGCUUCCACAACGAGGCUUGGUCGGUGCUGCUGCGAACAGUUCAUUCCGUUCUGGAUCGUUCGCCCGAGCAUUUGGUGAAGGAGGUGAUUUUGGUGGAUGAUUUCUCCGAUAUGCCUCACACUCAGAAACAACUCGAGGAUUACUUUGAGGCCUAUCCGCGGGUAAAAAUCGUACGUGCUCCUAAACGUGAAGGUUUGAUUCGAGCCCGGUUGCUAGGUGCUCGCUACGCAACUGCUCCCGUUCUGACCUACUUGGAUUCUCACUGCGAGUGUACAACUGGAUGGCUUGAACCUUUGCUUGAUCGGAUUGCUAAGAAUUCUACCACCGUGGUUUGUCCCGUGAUCGACGUGAUCGAUGAUAACACAAUGGAGUAUCACUAUCGGGACUCCGGUGGGGUCAACGUGGGUGGAUUCGACUGGAAUCUGCAGUUCAAUUGGCACGCGGUCCCCGAGAGAGAGAAGAAACGACAUAGGAGCACCGCCGAACCUGUUUGGUCGCCCACGAUGGCCGGCGGUCUGUUUGCGAUCGAUAAGGAAUUUUUCGAACGGCUUGGCACCUACGAUUCCGGGUUCGACAUCUGGGGCGGAGAGAAUCUGGAGCUGUCCUUCAAAACGUGGAUGUGCGGUGGAACGCUGGAAAUCGUGCCCUGUUCCCACGUCGGUCACAUUUUCCGGAAACGUUCACCAUAUAAGUGGCGAACGGGUGUCAACGUGAUCAAGCGGAACUCGGUUCGGUUGGCGGAAGUUUGGCUCGAUGAGUAUGCCAAGUACUACUAUCAGCGGAUCGGCAACGAUAAGGGCGACUACGGAGAUGUGUCCUCGCGUAAACAGCUCCGGGAGGAUCUGGGCUGUAAAUCAUUCCGGUGGUAUCUGGAUAACAUCUUCCCGGAGCUGUUCAUCCCUGGCGAAGCUGUAGCUUCGGGAGAGGUAAGAAACAUGGGAUACGGAAACCGUACGUGUUUGGAUGCUCCUGGAGGCAAAAAGAACCUGCGCAAACCGGCAGGGCUUUAUCCUUGCCACAAUCAAGGCGGAAAUCAAUACUGGAUGCUGAGCAAAACGGGCGAAAUUCGCCGGGAUGAGGCGUGUCUCGACUAUGCCGGCCAGGAGGUGAUACUGUACCCGUGCCACGGCUCCAAGGGCAACCAGUUCUGGAACUAUUCGCCAAGCUCGCGGCUGCUGCGGCACGGCUCUUCCGACAAGUGUCUGGCCAUCAACGAAAGCAAGCAGAAGCUGAUCAUGGCGGACUGCGAUCCGCUGGUUGACGCACAGAAGUGGGUAUUCCAGAACUACGAUCCGAGCAAGCUGUGAAGAGGCGGUCGACGCAAGUUGACGACUGGUAGCAUGGAUUAGUUUUUAUCGAAAUGUAUCGCAAACUUUGUUUUCCAUCAUACCCGAGAGAAACAGACAAACAGACCGAUAGUCGUAGUUAGAAAAAAUGAUUUUAAUGUGAUUUUUACGAUAAACACCUAUUUAAUUAUUGAGUUAGCUUCCCCAUGCGAUCUAUCCAAACUGUAUUAAGUAUUGAAACCCUCUUUACAAGUACGCAUAGAAAGUGAGAAGAAAACGUGUUUGUUUUCUCUGUUUCCUAUCAAAACAAAACAAGAACAACAAAAAUCAUGUAGCUAUGAGAACGUCAACUGCCAUAAACAUUACCGAAGUCGAACCGCACUAUCCCUGGCAAACGUUAGUAGUAAUAUUGUUGUCACUGUACCGAAAAGCAGAUGAAACCGAAAGAUUUCAAAUCAUGCGCUGGGUUGGAGGCAGUAACGACUGCCCCUUGCCACUUCGCUUGAACGAUCUUGCGUGCAGAGAUGCCGAACUUUUUAACAACUGCGUCCGUUAAAUUGGUUCAAUCCACGAAUUUCUGUAUCGAAAAUUUCACUAAAAAUCCGUAUAAUCUGUACGGACUUUUGUAGAUCUGGCAUCUCUUCCCGUCUGAAAAACGAACAAGCAAAAAAAAAAGUUACUGAUCACAGUGAAAUAGGCACGUAGCAAGCCAUGAGUUUUCCAAGUUUCCGAGUUUUUCGUUUUCCACCACGGCUUUUUGCCAUUCACUGUUUUUUUUUUCGUCGGAAUUGCUCAACGAAAGUGUAGAGGGCCCACUGCAAGCUCCCUGCCUUGCUCUUCCUUGUUAGUCCUACAUUCCAAAAUUACACUAUAAGCAUCACUUAGCGUAUAAAGUUUAUAAAAUAACUGAUUAGUAUACAAACAUGGCAGACAGUAGGGCUGCUCCCGAGAAACAUAUCACGAUACGAUGUUCUGAGAAGAGAUCAAUAGCGAGAGAAAAAGAGAGAGCGCGAGAAAGAAAGAGACAGGUUUGCCAUACAUUAUUGUAGUGAAUACUGAUUUUUCUGACUCCUCGUGUUGGUUUUUGAUGGAAACCCAAGCCAGAAAACUUACCACUUUACAUAUCUGAGAAAUGAAAAUCUUCCCACUCUUGCAAUAUGCAUAUAUAUUAUAAAAAAAAACGAACAUCACGAUUAUGAUGCAAACAAAUCUUUUCCGAGAGAGUCUACACUGAAACGUUUACCUUAUAUACUUAUUUUCAUAUCAAAUAAGUCAUAGAAAAAAGGGAAACAAAAAACUUUUUUUUUGUUGUAAUAAACGAUAGCACUUACUUAGAUAUGUGAUUUAGGUUCCCCGUUAACCCUUCUCCUGAACUCUUGACUAAAAAGGCAAAUUUAUACAAAACACUGGGAGAAAAAAGAACAAGAUUAGAACCUACGAAUGACAAGCGACGUAGCUGAUGAACGUGUCUGUGCAUGUGUGCGAGUGUUCGAUCGACCGUAGAAAUUCGAACAAAAACAAAAAAAAGUAAACAGCAAAAAAAAAAGAAUGAAUGAAUGAGCGUAUUUCUACAUGUGCCUUGUAAAUUAUUGUCAAAAAAUAAAAUAAGUUAAUGAAAAAAAAAGUUACUACUUGUGCUGAGACAAAAGCAAAAAAAAAACAGAAUUAUCUAAUACAAACAUACACACACAAACACAAGAAGAAAUCACACGCAUUGUUUCAAAGCAAAAGUUGUAGGUUUUCCUUUACUGUAGAAGGUUUUGCUGUCUCCCCUCCGGCACAAUUCCCGUAGAUCUGCUGGGGGAGGCGAGAAGCAAGGCCGAUAAAAACCUAAUUAUUACAAGAUACUUGUACAUACAUAUCCUCCUCGUUAAGUAAGAGUAACAAAGCAAAAAAAAAACAAACUUUCGAUGCAAUAAAAUCAAUACAUGUGACAAGCAAAUCAACCUAGAAAUGAUAGCGGAUAAACACAAACAAUUAUGAAAAUAAUAAAUAAAACAAAAGUAUGUAAUGUUAUGAAAA